AUGUUUGUUACUUCACUCUUGAAUCGAAGAGUCGGACUGCCCGAGUAUAUCAAAGAAAUCGAAGAAAAUCGCGCGUUCUUGAUUCAACGAGUCGAUAGACCAGAAACAUCGCCACACGACAGCAGGAUUCAAAGUAUCGAACAAUUGACAUCUUGCGAUUGUGUGUCAUCAAAAGAACAUAUUGAGUUGGUGACUGCUGGCGUAUCAAAUCGACUUGAUAUCCGUCAGAAUGGCGUGUAUAGUCACCCAACGCUUCCUAUUUCAAUUUGUUUGAGAGAUAAUGGAUGUCUUAUUUUAGACUCAUUUACAAUGACUGAUGAAGUGCGAACGCCUUCGCCGAGUGGAGUUGCCUUCCUAGUUCAAAACAUCUUUGGAAUUUCGUCUAAAAAUGGACUCAACUUGUUUGACAUUAAAAAUCGGAAAUUGGUUGGAGGGAUCGACGUGAUAUGUAAUUCAGUAGCUUCCAAUGGUUUUGAUGUGUAUUGUGGGGGUGAGACUAUUCAGUGUUUCGACACGCGAACAUUCAAAGAGAAGUGGCGGUAUAACUCGCCUGGAAUUGUAUGUAAGAAGGUUGGAGACAUAGUCGCAUACUCUAAAACCAAUUUCUAUGCACUCAACGACUUCGGGGAGAUCCUUUGGAGUUUGAAGAAACAAGUCAAGUGUGUUGAGAUCAGUCCCAAUGGACGAUUUUGUUAUAUGGCAGAUUAUUCUGGUAAUAUAGAAGUAUACACUGUAGGGGGUGGUGCACAUUUAAAUACCCUCAGCGGGGUCCACGGCUGUGGUGUGUCCGCGAUGAGUUGGUCAGAUAGAAGCAUGGACCUUAUCACCGGUGAUGAGAACGGGAUGGUUUUAAGAUGGACAACCAACAACUUACAAACACAAAAGAACAGCAAUAAUCAGGGACUAGAGGAUGAAUGGAAUUGA